AUGACCUCCUCCAACCCCACCCGAUUCUGCAACCGAAAAUGUGAAGAACACAGACGGCGAUCUGGAGCUCGGUAUGUAGUUGAUGCCCUCAUUUUCACCAAGCGGGAUGCCGACCAACUGUUUGGUGUCGACCUGGCGUCCGGCCGCAGUGUUUACGUGCCGCACUUUCGUAUCCUUUCCACAGCCGAUCAGUUCCGCAGCCAUAAACUAUCGGCCAAGGCCUCUCGCCAGCUCCAGGAUGUUUUCUCCGUCCUCGCGGGAAACCUACCCGAUUGGUUGGUCCAGCUCAUGUCCACAUGCCCCUUCCUGUUCCCCUUCUCCAUCCGCCAGACCUUCUUCUACGUGCACAACUUUGACCGCGAACGCACAAUCCUGCACUUACAGGACUCCACCACCAACGGUGGCUCCGAUUCAGACACCUCCCUCCUCUCGCCGUCCACGUCCUCCUCGCCGUUUGGUAAUCUGGUGGCCGCACCCUCGUUCUCCGGUUUUAACUCGCACCAAUUACCCUUAUCCGUUCCCCCGGGCUCGGCUCUCCAAUUGCUU